AUGAGGAUGAGGACAGAUGGGGAUGUAAUAGGCUAUAGGGAUAGCCUUGAAAACCAGGAGGAAAAGCUGCAACCAAGACAAAAGUCAGCUUUUGAUGUUCGCAAAAUGAAUACAGAUUCUUUUAUAUCAAAGACUUUCCAGGAACAUCUUGAUAGUAUAUUGUCUCCUCCACCUAUGCCAUUUCGAAAAUCCAGUAAUCCUGAAGUUUCUUCUGGGCCUGGAAAAUCGCUGAAAUAAAGGCAACUCAGUGAAGAUGGACGACCUUUUAGAAGAGGAAGUCUUGGAGGAGCGCUAACUGGCAGGUACUUGUUGCCAAAUGCUGUUACUCAACAUUCAUGGCAAACUGGCGAAACUUCCAAUCUUGUCCGAAUGCGCACUCAAGCUCUUGGACAAUCUGCUCCUUCUCUGACAGCUAGCUUGAAGGAGCUGAGCCUUCCAAGAAGGGGAAGUUUGUAA